CACCUCCUACCACUAGCUACCGCAUAGCAUCAUCCACUGAUCAAAAUGGGUCACAAGAAGAUCCGCACUGCACUCGCUGUCGACCUCAAUAAGCCUGCCUGGGAGCAGCCUGGUCUGCACAACCGAUGGCACCCCGACGUGCCUGCCUGUGGUAAAAUUGCAAACAACGAGGUUGUGAAGAUCGAAUGUUUGGAUUGGACCGGAGGACAGAUCAAGAAUAAUGACUCUGCCGAUGACAUCAAGAACGUUGACUUAACCCAAAUCCAUUAUCUAUCCGGUCCAUUUGAGAUCGAGACUGCAGAGCCUGGUGACGUUCUUCUUGUGGAGAUCCAGGAUGUUCAGCCUUUCGAAGAGCAGCCGUGGGGAUUUACGGGCGUCUUUGCAGCAAAUAACGGAGGAGGAUUUCUGGACGAGAUCUAUCCAGAAGCGGCCAAAGCAAUUUGGGACUUUGAGGGGAUCUUCUGCUCCUCCCGCCACAUCCCCCAUGUUCGUUUUGCGGGUCUCAUCCAUCCAGGAAUUUUAGGCUGUGCACCCUCCGCUGAGGUCCUGGCAGAGUGGAAUCGCCGGGAAGGAGAACUCAUUGCAGCAAAUACAACCACACGCGACGUUGCGAAGCCCCCAGAGCCGAAGAAUGCGCAUGCCGGUAGUGCGGAGGAGAGCUUGAAGGCAAAGAUUGCAAAUGAAGGCGCACGAACCAUCCCUGGCCGUCCCGAACACGGAGGCAACUGUGACAUCAAGAACCUCUCUCGUGGCUCGAAGGUGUACCUCCCCGUCCACGUUCCUGGUGCUAAGUUCUCCGUCGGCGACCUGCAUUUCUCCCAGGGCGACGGAGAGAUCUCCUUCUGCGGCGCUAUCGAAAUGGCUGGCGUGAUCACUAUCAAAUUCAGCGUGAUCAAGAACGGCAUGGCCAAGAUGGGCAUGAAGUCCCCGAUCUUUCAACCCGGCCCUGUCGAGCCUCAGUUCGGUCCCGGCCGGUACCUGACCUUUGAAGGAUUCUCUGUCGAUGAGAAGGGCAAGCAGCACUAUCUGGAUGCCACGGUUGCGUAUCGUCAAACCUGUCUCCGCGUGAUCGAGUAUCUCCGUCGGUAUGGCUACAGUGACUAUCAGAUCUAUCUGCUACUCAGCUGUGCUCCUGUUCAGGGACAUAUUGCUGGCUUAGUGGAUAUUCCUAAUGCGUGUACCACUCUGGGAGUGCCAAUGGACAUCUUUGACUUUGAUAUUCGGCCGGAGGCGGACGCGGUGAAGCUAGAUAUGGGGACCUGCGCGUUCACUAGUGAAUAGGCGUAGAUAGUGUAUAUCGAUGCUUGGCAUCUAGCA